AUGUUUCGCACCAGCCGAGCUUUGCAUCAAUCAAGAGUCCUUGGCAAUGACAAGGGCAUCAGUCCCAGAGCCAAACGGCUAGCAUCCGUAAACGCAGUCCUCAAUCCUCCGGCUUCAACUCGCCCGCCACCACUACUGCCCGUUGAGCCCCAGGAGUCCAAGCUCAAGUAUUACUUCCAGCUGGGCAAAUCCUAUGCCAAAUUCUUCGCUCAAGGCGUCAAGGCCGUUGUGGCGAAUGCCAGGCUGCUAAACGCCAGAGCCAAGAGCUUGCCGCGCGGAGAGCGACCAUCAGUGUUCAGGCCACACUACAUUCCCGACUCAUUCUCUCGCGCAGAUUGGGUGCUACUGUGGCGAACCAGGCACGACCUUCUGCGACUGCCCGUCUUUGCGUUGUUUUUCUUAGUUGCCGGCGAAUUUACGCCCAUUUUGGUCGUUUUUGUCAGCGGCAUCUUGCCGUACACAUGCCGGUUUCCGAGUCUACUGAAUGAAUCCAUUGAGAAAGCUGAGCGGCGGCGUGCAACUGCUUUCGACGAGCUGGAGAGCAAGCACCCUCAAGGCGUCCUCAGCCCCGGAAUCACAAAGGCCGUGGCGCGCAAGCACGUUCUCAGAGCCUUGGAUCUCCCCGGAGCAAUGUGGGAUCGGCUGGGAUUCACUCCUCCGGGAAUGUGGAAUGUCAAGGGCAGGCUGCGCUUGUCGUUCCUUGAAGUCGACGACAAACGACUGAUUGACGGCGGUGGUCCAUCGGGUCUCGAAGUCGAGGAGCUGCGUAUUGCUUGUUCUGACCGUGGCCUCAAUAUUCGGGGCAAGAGUGAGGCGGAGCUUAGGAUCCGACUUGGGGACUGGCUGCGAUUGACCGCGGCUGAGGAACUGGGAGAGCGAAGGCGACGGAUGGCAACGCUGAUGUUGACAAGACCCGAGAACUGGCCCCAACAGCGCAACUUUGCCGUUCCUGAGUGGGAGCUGUAA